GACACAUACGGCGGUUGGGGAGCCCAUGGCGGUGGUGCCUUCUCAGGCAAAGACCCGACCAAGGUGGACCGAUCAGCGGCCUACAUCUGCCGGCAGAUGGCCAAGUCAGUGGUCAACAGUGGCUUGAGCGCGCGCUGCCUGGUGCAGCUGUCCUAUGCCAUUGGUGUGGCCAAGCCCCUGUCUCUCUUCGUGGAGACUUACGGCAGCGAGAAGGGAAGCCUUAGUGUUGACGACAUCACUAAUGUGCUCAAGAUCGAGUUCGACUGCC